AUGACGGUCCUCCCUCUGAGCAGGUUGCACGGAGAAUAUAAGCUUUUGUGUAUAUCUUGUACAUGCUCAUUCUCGACGAUCCGCUUCGCUCAGCCAACUACGCUGAUCCAUCCGUCUUCGUUGCUGCCAAUCGGACAAAGAUGCCCAUGA